GCGACGUCAUGUGAUCGCCGGCGCGGGUCACGAGAACGCACUUGGGGGCGGUGGUGGGUUCCCGCGGAGUCAGUUCGCUGCGGGCCAUGGCCAACGUCUCCAAGAAAGUGUCGUGGUCCGGGCGCGACCGCGACGACGAGGAGGCGGCACCGCUCCUGCGGAGGACGGGUCGGCCGGACGACGGGACGCCGCUCCUGAACGGGGCUGGGCCCGCCGCGCGCCAGUUGCGUCAUUCGGCAUCUUUCCAAGUCGGUCAGAUGAGUGGUAUGGAGGUGGAUGAGGAGCUCCUGGAUCCGGAAAUGGACCCUUCCCAUCCCUUUCCCAAGGAGAUCCCUCAUAACGAGAAGCUCCUGUCUCUAAAGUAUGAGAGCUUAGACUAUGACAACAGUGAGAACCAACUGUUUUUAGAGGAAGAAAGGCGGAUCAACCACAUGGCCUUCCGAACAGUGGAGAUUAAACGCUGGGUCAUAUGUGCCCUCAUCGGGAUCCUCACAGGCCUUGUGGCCUGCUUCAUUGACAUCGUGGUAGAGAACUUGGCCGGCCUGAAGUACAGGCUCAUCAAGGACAAUAUCGACAAGUUUACAGAGAAGGGUGGACUGUCUUUCUCCCUCCUUCUAUGGGCCACACUGAACUCUGCAUUUGUGCUCGUCGGCUCCGUGAUUGUGGCCUUUAUAGAGCCAGUUGCUGCUGGCAGUGGGAUCCCCCAGAUCAAGUGCUUCCUCAACGGGGUGAAGAUCCCCCAUGUGGUACGGCUCAAGACGCUAGUGAUCAAAGUGUCUGGCGUGAUUCUGUCUGUGGUAGGAGGACUGGCAGUUGGAAAGGAAGGGCCAAUGAUCCACUCCGGAUCAGUGAUUGCUGCUGGGAUCUCCCAGGGAAGAUCGACAUCACUGAAGCGAGAUUUCAAGAUCUUUGAAUACUUCCGCAGAGACACAGAGAAACGAGACUUUGUUUCAGCAGGAGCUGCAGCUGGAGUGUCUGCUGCAUUUGGAGCCCCUGUGGGUGGAGUGCUUUUCAGCCUGGAAGAAGGUGCCUCUUUCUGGAACCAGUUUCUGACGUGGAGGAUUUUCUUUGCUUCCAUGAUUUCUACCUUCACACUGAAUUUUGUGCUGAGUAUUUACCAUGGAAAUGUGUGGGACUUGUCCAGUCCAGGCCUUAUCAACUUUGGAAGAUUUGACUCUGAGAAAAUGGCCUACACCAUCCAUGAGAUUCCUGUCUUCAUCGCCAUGGGUGUGGUGGGUGGCAUUCUUGGAGCCGUAUUUAAUGCCUUGAAUUACUGGCUGACAAUGUUUCGAAUCAGAUAUAUCCACCGGCCCUGCCUGCAAGUGAUCGAGGCCAUACUGGUGGCCGCGGUCACAGCCACUGUUGCCUUCGUGUUGAUUUACUCCUCCCGAGACUGUCAGCCUCUGCAGGGGAACUCCAUGUCCUACCCCCUUCAGCUCUUCUGUGCAGAUGGCGAGUACAACUCUAUGGCUGCAGCCUUUUUCAACACCCCAGAGAAGAGUGUGGUGAGACUCUUCCAUGACCCCCCAGGCUCCUACAACCCCAUGACCCUGGGCCUAUUCACCCUGGUCUACUUCUUCCUGGCCUGUUGGACCUAUGGGCUCACUGUGUCUGCUGGUGUCUUCAUCCCAUCUCUACUCAUUGGGGCCGCCUGGGGCCGGCUUUUUGGCAUCUCCCUGUCCUACCUCACAGGAGCGGCAAUCUGGGCAGACCCUGGCAAGUAUGCCCUGAUGGGAGCUGCUGCCCAGCUUGGUGGCAUUGUGAGGAUGACCCUGAGCCUGACAGUCAUCAUGAUGGAGGCCACAAGCAACGUGACCUACGGCUUCCCCAUCAUGCUGGUGCUGAUGACUGCCAAGAUUGUGGGCGAUGUCUUCAUUGAGGGUCUGUACGACAUGCACAUCCAACUGCAGAGUGUGCCCUUCCUGCACUGGGAGGCGCCAGUCACUUCACACUCGCUCACUGCCAGGGAGGUGAUGAGCACACCAGUGACGUGCCUAAGGAGAAGAGAGAAGGUGGGUGUCAUUGUGGAUGUCCUCAGCAACACAGCAUCCAAUCACAAUGGCUUCCCUGUGGUGGAAGAUUCAGACAACACCCAGCCAGCCCAGCUCCAGGGUUUGAUCUUGCGCUCCCAACUCAUCGUGCUCCUGAAGCACAAGGUGUUUGUGGAGAGAUCUAACAUGGGCCUGGUUCAGCGGCGGCUGAGACUGAAGGACUUUCGUGAUGCCUACCCACGCUUCCCCCCAAUCCAGUCCAUCCAUGUGUCACAGGAUGAGCGCGAGUGCACCAUGGACCUGUCUGAGUUCAUGAACCCUUCCCCCUACACUGUCCCCCAGGAGGCCUCCCUCCCACGGGUGUUCAAACUGUUCCGCGCUCUGGGUCUACGGCAUCUGGUGGUGGUGGACAACUGCAAUCAGGUGGUUGGGCUGGUGACCAGGAAGGACCUGGCCAGGUACCGUCUGGGAAAGGGAGGCCUGGAGGAGCUCUCACUGGCCCAGACAUGAGGUCCAGCCUUUCCUUGGUGGGCAGCGAUACCCCUGGCCCCUUCGCACCUCCUCCCAGGCUCCUUGGUCUCAGCCAAAGAGGCUUGCUCCCUGAGCGGUGUGGUGCCUAGAGCAAAUGUCCUCCAGCAUGGGCCUGGUGGCGUGGAUCUGACCCUCAUCAUGGACAGCUGGUUUGCAUUCUCUGUGCUCCCUCUGGCCCUCAGGCCUCACCCCCUGCCCUUUAGGGAUUUGAUUAAGCGUGUGUGCAGCAACAGCCCCCCUGUCCCCAUGCUCCCCAGAACCAGCAAGAGGGGCCAGUAUUUGUGACAGGUAAGCUGUGCCCUGCACCCUGUCACCACUUCUUUGUUGUUUCCCAUGAGUACCUACCCUGUCAGGCCAAGCCAGCCUGAAACACCAGCUGGUGGCUCAGGCCACACAGAAACUGGCUUGCCCUUCUCAGCCACAGGCCCCAUCUCAUUUCUCUGGGCGUCAAUAGCCUGAGGUUCCUGGGCCUCAGCUGUGGGACUCCAUAAAGCCCCACUUGAGCAACCCCAUGCCCAGAAGACAUGUGAAAUGUGCUCUCUGCCAGAGUCUCAAGAGCUGAGAGUAACCUAAGUACCUGACACCUGAUUCUGCCACAACUUGAGCCUUCCAGAGCUGGGCUCAUUAUUCAGCAGUUGGGAAAGUGGGGUUCUUCACACCUGAGGACCCUGGCAUCAGUUAUGACUGCAGCAGCCAUAAAAUACAGACCUCACUGGGAGUGCCUGUUGGCCUCAAAGGAAGCCUGGGCCUACCUCUGGGUAACUGGACAAUCUGGUGAGCACCGGACCUAGAAAGCCAUGCCUAGCCACUCCACAGUUUGUCAGAGAUCCUCCUGCUUGGGCCAAGCUGGAUCUGGUGUAUCUUGGUCACUGCAAGCCCCUUCCUAUGGAACACUUUCUGGGACGCUUCUGUCAUGCACCUACACAAGACUGGCAGAUGUGUGGAGGCUGGCAGAUGUGACCAGCAGUCUCAUCCUGCGAGACACUCCCUGUACUAUGCUGUCAUGGGAUAUAGGACUGAAUAUCCUGGAUCCUGGGUAUGAGAAAUAAAGAACUUGGGCACAGCCUA